AUGCCACCAAAAAAGAAGGUAGAAGAGGAGAAACCGGCACUUCUUCUUGGCCGUAUGGGAACCAACUUGAAGGUAAUAAAUCUGCUUCCUUGUUUAUUCUUGUUUUAGAUGGGUAUCCUUGGGUUGCCAAAUGUGGGGAAGAGCACGUUCUUCAAUGUGUUGACUAAGAGUGAAGCUCAAGCCGAGAACUUCCCUUUCUGUACCAUCGACCCGAAUGAAGCUCGUGUAGCCGUGGCAGAUGACAGAUUUGACUGGUUAUUGGCAAACUGGAAACCUUUAAGUCGUGUGCCCGCGUACCUGAAUGUCACGGAUAUUGCUGGUCUAGUCAAGGGCGCAUCUGAGGGACAAGGUCUUGGAAACGCUUUCCUUUCUCACGUCAGUGCUUGUGAUGCCUUGUUCCAUGUGUGUCGGGGUUUUGAUGACACCGACGUAACUCACGUUGAAGGUGAGGUGGAUCCUGUCCGUGAUCUGGAAAUCAUCAACCAAGAGCUUGUAUUGAAGGAUCAAGCUUAUCUUGAAAGUGCUCUUGAAAAACUGGAGAAGCUGGCUAUUCGUGGAAAUGACAAGACCAAGAAGCCCGAGUACGACUGUCUACAGAAGGUUAAGGAGUUGUUGGACUCAAACAAGUUUGUGAGACAUCAUGUUUGGAACGAAAAGGACGUUGAACUCUUGAACAAACAUCUUUUCUUGACUGCUAAGCCUAUAGUGUACUUGGUUAACUUAAGUGAACAGGACUAUAUACGUAAAGUGGGUUUUUAUGGUUUUUUUACUUUGAUCUUUUACUCCUGUUUAAAUUAAUUUUGCUAGUAUAAAAAUUUACAUAUAUGAAGGCCUGAAAUUUUCAGAAGAACAAGUACUUACCUAAAAUCAAGGCUUGGAUCGACGCUAAUGACCCAGGUGCCACAUUGAUCCCAUUCAGUGGAGCUUUCGAACUUAAGUUGGUUGAGAUGGACCCAGAACAGAGGGAGGAGUACCAAAAGCAGGUUGGGGCUACGAGUAAUUUGGACAAGAUUGUGAAGACUGGCUACAAAGCCCUUCAACUCGAGUAUUUCUUUACUUGUGGUAAAGAUGAAGUGCGAGCAUGGACCAUUCAGGUAAGUUUCAAUAUCCAAUGAAGAUAUUUUUUGCAGGUCGGUACGAAAGCACCACAAGCCGCUGGUCGUAUUCACACCGACUUCGAGAAGGGCUUCAUUAUGGCUGAAGUCAUGAAAUUCGAAGAUCUGAAGGAAGCUGGCUCCGAACAAGCUGUCAAGAGUGCCGGAAAGUACCGUCAACAAGGACGAAACUAUACUGUAGAAGAUGGUGAUAUCAUCUUCUUCAAAUUCAACGCUGGUGCAGGUCUUACUGGGAAAAAGAAGUAG